AGAGUUGUUGCUGUAGAAGAGUGUUGGCAGAGAGCUGGCGUUGAAGAUGAGUAUUGGCAGAGAGUUGGCGUUGAAGAGGAGUGUUGGCAGAGAGUUGGCGUUGAAGAGGAGUGUUGGCAGAGAGUUGGCGUUGAAGAGGAGUGUUGGCAGAGAGCUGGCGUUGAAGAGGAGUGUUGGCAGAGAGCUGGCGUUGUGGAAGAGUGUUGGCAGAGAGUUGUUGCUGUGCCGAGGUGUUGGCAGAGAGCUGGCGUUGAAGAUGAGUAUUGGCAGAGAGUUGGCGUUGAAGAGGAGUGUUGGCAGAGAGUUGUUGCUGUGGAAGAGUGUUGGCAGAGAGCUGGCGUUGAAGAGGAGUGUUGGCAGAGAGUUGUGGCUGUGGGGGAGUGUUGGCAGAGAGCUGGCGUUGUGGGGGUGUUGGCAGAGAGCUGGCGUUGUGGAAGAGUGUUGGCAGAGAGUUGGCGUUGA